AUGAAGGAUUUUAAUAAGAUGAUGUACAAUAAGACUAAACACCAACACCGUAAACAUUUUUGUAUGUUUUGUCUCCAGUGUUUUAGCACUGAUGAGAUACUAGCAAAACAUAAGAGCAAUUGCAUGAUAAUAAAUGGGGAACAGGCAAUAAGGAUGCCCGAGGAGGGCAGUACGGUCCAAUUUCAGAACUAUCAUAAGCAGAUGCCAGCACCUUUUGUAAAUUAUGCAGAUUUCGAGGCAAUUACAGAGAAAGUAUCUGGAUGUCAACCAGAUGGUGUUAAAUCUUAUACUGAUAAGUACCAAAAGCACACUGGCUGUAGUUAUGGUUAUAAAGUAGUCUGUUGUUAUGAUGACAAAUAUUCAAAACCGGUGAAAAUUUAUCGAGGGGAAAUCUAUUAG